AUGCAGGACAGCAGGUGGAAUGUUCUGUUCAUUCCGCUUCUAGGAACCUGCCUAGCAGAGCUCCUCACCCCGCUCCCAGACACCGCCAGCGACCUCGCCAUCAAGUUCCAACCCGUCCUCGACUUUGACAAGGACAGCUGCUAUCAGACUGCGGCCAUCGGCAAAGACUACAAGGUCAAUGCUGGUAUCGACCCGCCCCUCGCUCCACCCCGUCCUCCAGGCCCAGGGCCGAUUCCUCGAGCCGGCACCGACGAGCAAGUCGUCUUCGCGGCCAACGCCAGCGACAGCGAGAGCGAGAUUGGGAUCCGCUCGGGCGGCCCUUAUGCACCCUUUGGAUGCCGCAACAGGGACCGACUAGACCACAGCCAGACGUACGUCCGGGAGCGCUGCAAUCACGGCUGGUGCGCGUAUCUGUACGGGUACUACUUUGAAACCGACACUGGCUUUUUAAACGCCCACAAGCACGACUGGGAGCACGUCAUCGUGUGGACGCUCAACGACCAAGUGUUUUUCGUCUCGUGGUCCGCGCACGGCGACUACACGACGCACUACUGGUCCACGGUCCGGUUCGAGGGCUCGCACCCGAAGAUUGUCUACCACCUCGGUUCGGGGGGCACGCACUCGCUGCGCAAGGCCGAGGCCAAGGACGAUAAGAUCGAGAACGAUACCGGGCGGUGGUUUCGGGCGCCGCUUGUUUCGCUGGAGAAGAUGCCCUGCGAGUUCAAUCGGAAGCUGCUGAAUAAUAAUUGGGGCAGUGCGCACAGUGAUUUGAAUCGGCUUGGGGAGAAGCUGGAUAAGUGGAUGCCGUGGGACGCGAGGCAUAAUGAGCAUUUUAACCCGUGGGAGCCCAAGGUACCUUCGUGGGCUGUGGGGGCGUGA